AAUUUACUCCGUGAUAAACGACAUUUAACUGACGUCGUAGUCCGUACCCAGCCAACACAACUUAUUUUCUCUAUCGCUCUCUCUGUAAUUCGUGAAAUUUUGAACUGUUUCAGCUAGUUUUUCACCGACCGAUAACUGACGCGCCGUUCCUCCUUCUACUCUCUUCUCUUAUCAGGCAUGGCGCGGAACGACAAUUACGUUGCAUGCACUUAAAAUGCAUCGGAUGGGUUGGUCAAUUUCAUGAUUGUAUUCAUCUUGCAGAGACGAAAGGGAAAGCUGGCUUAAUUAAUUGCAGAGCAGAGAGGUUAUUCAAGUAAAGGUGGUGUCUAAUUUUGAAAUGGAGGAUCCAAAUAGAAGCAGAAGCAGCAGCGAUUGGAAUAACAACAACAAGAAUUUAAUAAAGCCAAAGCAUGAGAAAUUGGAUUUUGAUUUGGCAUUUGAGAGUCUGCGGUCAAGGGAAGUUGGGGAUAAUGUAGCAAGUUCAUCUCGAAGCUAUUUAAGAUCAUUUUUUACUGAAAUGGGAUACUCUCCGUCUCUUGUCAACAGAGUGAUUGAGGAAAAUGGUGAAGACAAUGUCGACCUGUUAUUGGAGAUUCUCAUGGAAUGUUCUGGUCUUCAAAAGCCAAACUCUCAGUCAUCAGAUUCUUUAGAUUGCUUGUUUGAUGAUAGGGGUGAAAGCAGCCCUCCAAAGUAUUCCACAGUUACUGGAGUAAAAGAGGAGCCAGAUGUGUUUGAUGAAGUUUAUGACGACAAAAGGGUGUCCUUGCUGAAGAUGAAUUUCCCAGCAAAGGAAGUUGAAUUGGCAAUGGAUAAACUUGCAAUUCUGAAAACCAACCAGCAAAAAUAUAGUUCAUCUGACAGUCAUAUUGAUCUCAUAAUGUUACAGAGGACAUGCCUGAUAUUGAUGCGGAGAAUAAAGAGUGUUGCAACUGUGUUUUCUCAUCUAGUGGCUGUAUGCAUAUCUAUAUGUAUUUCAACAUCUAUGUCAGAUGACAUGACAAAGGUAUGCUUCAAGUACCACAUUGAGGAUGUCAAUGAUGAAACCCUAUAUGGAACUAUGGACAAAACACUCUGUUUGCUUAACAUGGGUUUCUCUGAAAAUGAAGUUUCUUUGGCUAUUGAUAAGUUUGGUUCAGAAGUUCCAGUUACAGAGCUUGCUAAUGCAAUUUGUGCACAUCAACUUGGGGAAACCUAUGUUAUAAAGAAGAAGUAUUCUGAGAAUUCCACUGCAAGCUGCUCGAGUGCUGCAGAGGACAGUAGAUCCUUUGGUGUGGAGACAGAAAAUAACACAAGACAUCACUCUUUCAGUUGGGUGAAGUCAGAAACUGAGGAUUGUAGACGAGAUGCUAUUUUGCAGUCAAGAGAUAUGAACACCAAGGAAACUCGUAAAGGAAAACGGCCAAGACAAGAGCACAUUGAAGGCUAUCAAGAAGCUCAGCCUAGGCAUGAUAGCCUUGAGGAAAAUUGUGCAGGUGAACAGCCAAAGCAGGAAUAUGACUAUGGUUCAAGUUCUUAUUUUGAACAUGAGUGGGUAGAAGAAAAGGUUAACUCUGACACUACCACAUUUGGAAUGCCAAAGCCAUUCAAAUGUAAUCCAUGCAAGAUUCUUGAUCAAAUUGCUGCUAAACCUCCGUAUUUUUUCUAUGGGAAUGUUGCAACUGCAUCUUCUGACACCUGGGGAAAAAUAUCUCAGUUCUUAUAUGGAAUCGAGCCUGAAUUUGUGGAUACUCAGUUUUUCUCGGCAUUGAGUAGGAGGGAAGGUUACAUACACAAUCUUCCUACUGAAAAUAGGUCUCACAUCCUUCCAAAGCCACCAAUUACCUUGGAAGAUCUGAUGCCAAGUACAAAGAAAUGGUGGCCAUCAUGGGAUGCAAGGAAGAAGAUGAGCUGCAGAAAUUUUGAUAGUAGUGGGUCGUCUCAGCUCUGUGAUAUGCUUGGGAGGAUGCUGGAUGAUUCUCGUGGUUUGCUCUCAGCCGAACAGCAGAGAGACCUCCUUCGUCAUUGCCAGGCAUUAAAUCUAAUGUGGGUUGGCCCAAACAAGCUAUCCCCCCUGGAAUCAGCUCAUUUAGAGAAAAUUCUGGGGUAUCCAUUGAAUCACACAUUAAUUGCAGAUUAUCCGUUGACAGAAAGGAUGUACUCACUCAGAUAUAGCUUCCAGACCGAUACUUUGGGGUACCAUCUCUCGGUUUUGAAGUCAAUUUUCCCACAGGGAAUAACAGUGUUGUCACUUUUCAGUGGGAUUGGUGGUGCAGAAAUUACUUUACAUCGUCUCGGCAUUCAUUUGAAAGGCGUGGUCUCUGUUGAAACUUCUGAAACAAAUCGAAGGGUCUUAAAGAGGUGGUGGUACAGUAGUGGACAGACUGGACGAUUGGAGCAAAUAGAAGACAUUCGGAAGCUAACAAGCAGUACAGUUGAGAGACUGGUUGAGAAUUUUGUCUGUUUUGACUUCGUAAUUUGUCAAAACUCUUUUACUCGGCCAUCAAAAAUUCCCGGAGUGGGUUCAGGUUUAGAAAGUCAACAUUUUUUUGACUUCACGUUGUUCAAUGAGUUUGUUCGUGUUUUGCAACGUGUAAGGAGUGCAAUCGAAAGAAAGAGGUAGUCGUUGUCGCUGUGUGCCUGUUCUGCAAACCGUGAAGAUAGUGUUUCUGUGAGACAAAAGUCUCAAGUUUUCCCUAUCAUUAUGCGUGAUAAAAAAAACUAGUUGAUAAUCGUAGAAGGUAAUGAUACAAUUAUGUUGCUCGGUGGUCAAUCAUGCGAAAAGCAAUGCAAAUGUGGAUUGAUUUAAAUUAUCCUUUUCCUUGGCCAUUCAUUUGAGAAGUAACCUGUUCUGUCCAGAGAUCCAUUUGCUUCGUGGUGGCUUUUGUGAUAACGGAGUAAGAGAAUUCUUUUCCUCUA